AUGAGUUACAUCAACGAGCCUAUCGCGGUUGUUGGUAUAGGAUGUCGGUUCCCUGGCGGAUCCAACACCCCAGGGAAGCUAUGGGAGGCCCUCCGCCAACCCCAGGACCUCUCUGUUCCUAUACCGCCGGAGAGAUUCGACUCCAGCGGCUUCUACCACCCCGACGGUUUUCACCAUGGCACCUCGAACGUGAAAAAAGCCUAUUUCCUUUCCGAGGAUGUCCGCAAGUUCGACUCCCAGUUCUUUAAUAUAUCGACCGCGGAGGCAGAGUCAAUGGACCCCCAACAACGACAGCUGUUAGAAGUUGUCUUCGAGGCUAUGGAAUCUGCAAAUCUCACUCUAGAAGAAAUGAGAGGAACAUCGACAGCAGUCUACGUAGGCCUGAUGUGCGACGACUACUCCGGUCUGAUCUUCGCGGAUAUGGAAACCUUGCCAACAUAUGGAGCUACAGGUGCGGCGCGCAGCAUUCUCUCGAAUCGGGUAUCGUAUUUUUUCGACUGGACAGGACCAUCGAUGACUAUUGACAGUGCGUGUUCGUCUAGUCUGGUCGCAGUACAUCAAGCAGUCCAGCAACUGAGAACUGGCGAAUGCAAGGUCGCUGUGGCGGCUGGCGCCAAUCUCAUCCUCAGUGCCAGGAUGUUCAUUGCUGAGAGUAAGUUGAAGAUGCUUUCUCCCAACGGACGCUCCCGCAUGUGGGACGUUGAUGGAGAUGGGUACGCGCGGGGGGAAGGCAUCGCCGCUGUCAUGUUGAAACGACUAAGCGAUGCCAUUGCGGAUGGCGACCAUAUCGAAUGCAUCAUCCGCGAAACGAGUGUGAACCAGGGAGGGAGGUCGACAGGUCUCACUGUACCUAAUCCCGUUGCUCAAGUCAAAUUGGUUCGUCAAACAUAUCACAAGGCUGGCCUUGAUCUGGAUCGUUUGGAAGACAGACCUCAAUACUUUCAGGCGCACGGGACUGGGACAAAGGUUGGUGACUUGAAUGAAGCGACGGCCAUACACAAUACCUUCUUUGGGAAACCCGAAGACCUCGAAAAGCAAACUUUGUUCAUUGGGAGUGUGAAAACCGUCAUUGGACAUUCUGAAGGAGCCGCAGGGAUUGCCGGGAUGCUUGAGGCAUGCCUUGCUAUUAAACAUGGAAUAAUUCCACCAAACCUCCACUUCGAGACGCUUAAUCCCGCCUUAGAGCCUUUCAUUCACAGACUUGAGGUUCCAACCAAGGCACAGCAGUGGCCGUCCCACACGGGAAACGUGCGAAGAGCAAGUGUCAACAGCUUCGGAUUCGGUGGUACCAACGCGCACGUGAUCCUUGAAAGCGCCCCUGAACAAGCGAGACCUCCUCCGACGAUUGCACCAGUACCAAUGGUUGCACUUCCAUUCGCGUUCUCUGCGGCGUCGGAAAAAUCUCUAGGCGCCCUCCUCACCAACUAUUCGCAGUUUCUCAGCGACUGCCCGGAGACGAAUCUGAAUACCUUAGCCUGGACGCUUCUCGCGCGAAGAUCGGUCUUGACAUACAAAGUUUUCCUGACUGCCCAGUCGACGUCUGAACUGCGCGCAAAGCUGAAUGACGAGCUUGAGAACAGGAGGAAUGGAAAUUCCCGAACCUUGUCUUCACGUUCCUCCGCCAGAGCUAAGCGAAUUCUUGGCGUGUUUACCGGCCAAGGCGCUCAAUGGCCCACCAUGGGCUGGGAUCUGAUCUCGACAUCGUCGGUUGCAAGGGCAACAAUCAAGAGACUCGAAGAAAUCUUAGGCUGCCUGCCUGUUGAACAUCGGCCCAAAUGGUCUUUGACAGCCGAGUUGUCUGCGCCAGCAUCAACGUCGCGGGUAGCCGAAGCUGCCAUCUCCCAGCCGUUGUGCACUGCCGUUCAGAUUAUCCUCGUCGAUCACUUGAGAGCGGCCGGGAUAAACUUCUCUGGGGUAGUUGGUCACUCGUCUGGCGAAAUAGGUGCAGCUUAUGCCGCAGGGUUCAUAUCCGCCGAUGCAGCCAUCAAAGUUGCAUACUAUCGAGGCUUCUACGCGAACCUUGCCGGAGCCGGUGUCCCAGGAGCCAUGAUGGCUGUCGGGAUCUCAAGAGACGAAGGUGUUAAGUUUUGUAGCCGCCCAGAAUGCACAGGCAGAAUAGUCGUUGCAGCCAGCAACUCUUCCACAAGUGUCACGCUUUCCGGAGAUGCGGAUGCAAUCAAUGAAGCAAAGCUAUACUUCGAGGGCCAAGAGACUUUUGCACGAGUCUUGAAAGUUGAUACGGCCUAUCAUUCACACCACAUGAUCCCAUGCUCAGACCAAUACCUGGGGGCGCUCAAAGACUGCAACAUAGAGCUUUUGCCAAGGGCAAAUGAUGCUUGUACCUGGUUCUCGAGUGUCAACGAAGGACACACAAUGGACGCUCAUGAUGCAUUGCUAGGACCGUACUGGAUGGAAAACAUGCUCAAGUCCGUUCUGUUCUCCCAGGCUCUCACUGCGUCUGUUGCGAGUGGCUCGUAUGACUUUGCACUGGAAGUCGGCCCCCAUCCAGCAUUGCAGGGCCCAGCUUUACAAACCUUGCAAGAAGCUACCGCCAGCAAGAAUCCAACUCCAUAUAUCGGUCUACUAUGUCGGGGGAAGUCAGGUUUCGAGACAUUCGCAGAAGCGUUGGGCUCCUUGUGGGCGCAUUUUGGUGUCAAGUCCUUUGACGCCGCCGCAUACGAGCGCCUCUUUAACUGCGAAUCUUCUCGUCAUCCGCUGCAAGGCCUCCCUUCUUAUCCGUGGGAUCAUGAACGCACAUUAUGGUUUGAGUCUCGUGGUUCCAGAGAGAAUCGCUUGCGUUCAGAGCCUCCUCACCAGCUUCUCGGCAUCACCACGAGUGACCAGGCAGAGGGGGAAUUGAAAUGGCGGAACUACUUGAAAUUGAGCGAGAUUCCAUGGGUCCGUGGACAUCAGAUCCAGGGACAGACCAUCUUCCCUGCUGCGGGCUACCUUGUCAUGGCUCUUGAAGCGUCCAAAAUCAUGGCACGUGAUCAUAACGUCCAGUUGAUUGAGAUCCAGGACUUCCAUAUUCUUCAGGCGAUUGCGAUCAGCGACGAUGAGGCUGGCGUGGAGACGCUCUUUAGUAUCAAAAACAUUGCCUCCGAUGCUGCGAAGAGUCGAGCUCUUACUGCAGGCUUCACCUGCCAUGCUUGUCUGAGCCGGGAUGCUGGAUCUUUGGUCCUCGUCUGCUCGGGCAAACUCAUGUUGCAUCUUGGGUCACCGUCUGAUUCCACACUCCCAGAGCGGAGUCUCAAAGCGAUUAAUGAUCUACGCGAGGUCAAUAUCAAUACAUUCUACAGCUGCCUGGCCGAUGUUGGCUAUGGUUACACAGGACCUUUCCGCGGAAUCUCCUUCCUGGAGCAGAAGCUGGAUACAUCCACUGGCUUUAUCAUGGAUUCAAAUUCAACACUUUCCGAACCUGCGAUGAUGAUGCAUCCUGGAACUCUCGAUUCCGCCAUCCAGACUUUGUUUGCCUGUCUAGGCACGCCCGGUGACGGCAGCCUUUGGACACUACACGUCCCCGUCGCGAUCAAGAACAUUCGAGUCAAUCCCGCUACGUGCAAGGCGACGAGAGACCAUGUCACUGGCAGACCGAAAGAUGUUCUCUUCGAUGCCAAUCUCGCUGAUAGUCUCUCCAACACACUCUGUGGCGAUGUCUACUUGUACGAUCUCGACACCCGAAAAGCCAUCUGCCAGAUUGAAGGAAUCGAAGUCAAGCCGCUGAUGCCCGCCACCGCCGCCGAUGACCGCCUAUUAUUCCACGAACUGGUUUGGGGGACGGCCGAGCCAGAUGCCGCUCUUGUAUACAGGAGUAAUGGAUUCUCGGCCGUUGAGAUCCAGAAGGCCGAGGUGCUCGAGAAGAUCUGUCUGUACUAUUUGAAGCAAUUACUAGAUUGUGUCACAGCAACCGAGCAAGAAGAGACCAGUUGGCAUGGCAAAAGAAUUCUUGCUUUUGCGAGUCAUGUUGUGCAAAACACCCGGGCAGGGAAACACGCCUCUUGUCGCGCAGAGUGGCUGGAUGACACUUGGCAGGAUAUCCAAGUUGCUGCCCACCAGUAUGAAGCGGAUGUUGAUUGCAAACUUUUGCACGUCGUGGGCACGAAAUUGGCCCCCUUCAUCCGUGGCGAAACAUCGAUCCUAGAGCAUAUGAGGCAGGACGGCCUGUUGGACUUGUACUAUCAGAACUCGGAGUUAUUGGAGUACAACCGGUAUGCUGGACUCCUUGCAGCACAGGUUGCAUUCAGAUACCCUCUGAUCAAGAUUCUCGAAAUCGGUGCUGGGACUGGGGGGGUAACCCGGUCCAUACUGAAGCAUCUUGACAACAAAUACUCGUCAUACACCUUCACAGACAUAUCAGUCGGCUUCUUUGAAGAAGCGCGGGAGAUAUUCAAAGGCCACGACCGUAUAAUAUACGAGGCCCUUGACAUUGAACAAGAUCCUGCCACUCAAGGAUUCUCUGAACACUACUAUGAUCUCGUCAUCGCAUCCAAUGUACUCCACGCCACGAAAGGCCUCGACAAUACCAUGACGAAUGUCCGCAAGUUACUGAAGCCAGGGGGCAAGCUCUUGAUUCUUGAGGCCAUCGACAAUGGCGCAACGAGAGUCGGGUUCAGUUUCUGUGGCGUGCCUGGGUGGUGGGCUGGCGCGGAUGAUGGGCGAGACCUGACACCUUUGAUUACCCCUGGGCAGUGGGAUUCCCUGCUACUCCGGACUGGAUUCUCAGGCAUCGAUACUGUCACUCCCGGGACCGAGUCUGUUUACCAGCCUGUCGCCGUCUUCGUGUCGACUGCUGUUGAUGAUGAGAUUCAACACCUCCAAAAGCCGCUUGCAUAUUCUGGAUCCCAAGACCCCCUCGACACCAUAUUCAUCGUCGGCGGAAAGACUGACAUGACGAGAAACUUGAUGAUAGGUCUCAAGGAUCUGCUAGGUCCGUGGGCCAAUAACAUCGAAACCCUCGACUCCCUCGAAGACGGCCCGAAGCUACAAGACUUCUCCAUGGUCCAUGUUUUGAAUCUCGCCGAGCUGGACAGUCCCAUGUUCGAAGAUUUGACCUCAGAACGUCUGGAAUCCUUCAAGGAACUCCUCAACAUCUCUAGAACCUUUCUCUGGGUGACAGCCGGCAGCAAGUCUGACAGGCCAUACUCCAACAUGACGCUUGGAAUCGGACGGACGCUCGUCCACGAGAUGCCACAUCUUCGUCUGCAAGUCCUGGAUGCUGCCCAUCCGGCUGAGUUGACCGCAUCUCUACUCGCUGAGGUAUUCCUCCGUAUCGUCUUGAUAGAGACGUGGGAGAACGAUAUCUACGCCCCGAAGCGAAUGUGGUCUAAUGAGCCAGAACUGUGGCUCGAAGACGGCCGCCUACAGAUCACCCGAGUGGUCCCAGAUGAAGCGGCAAACAACCGGCUCAUGUCUAGCAGGCGUGUUAUUGAGGAAGAGGUUGCUUGUGAAGAAGCGAUCGUGGAGGUCACACAUCCUGGAACCUCUUACGAGCUGCAACGAUGUGUGCCUGUGCCUGAAGAUCUUUCUGCUGCCACGCGAGAAUCCGUUUCAGUCAAGGUCACGCACUCUACGUUGACGGCACUGAGGGUCAAGAACGCGGGAUUCCUAUAUCUUGUCAUCGGUGAGAUGGGAGGCGUGGGGAUGAAGGUCAUCGCCUUUACUCAGUCACUGGCAUCGACGGUCACUACGCCGGCGUGCUGGACAUUGCCUUGGCAUGUGAGGACCGGCGACGAAGCCGCAUUGUUGAUGGCGAUCACGCAUGAGAUGACUGCAGAGACUAUCAUUGAUAUGGCCGUUAAGAAUAGCACUCUGUUGGUGUUCGAGCCGGAACGGUCGCUCGUCUCCGCCAUUGACCGGAUAUCCAGACACAGCGGCAUCAACCCCCUUUUCGUCACGACAGGACAACAAAUGCAUCUGUCCGAUACCAGCGGGUGGCUGAAGCUGGAUCAGUUCUCGUCAGACCGGGAGAUCAAGUCAAAGAUUCCAAUGAACGUCUCUACGUUUGUAGAUAUGUCCGAGUCCGACUCCUCGGAUCUGGCUCAGAGGCUUGGGUCGUUGCUUCCAGUCCACACCCAGCGACAAAGACUGUCCGAACUGUUCAGCCAGACUCCGAAUUACUCUCCAUCUAAAGCCUUCCGGAGGGUUGCUGAUAGCCUCAGCAUUGCACUUGCGAACUCGAAUGCGGCGACACCAGCUACCGGGUCUGCGGCCUGUCCGACUGUUAUCAGCGCGAUGGAUCUACCUCGAAUCACUCCUUCGCUUGAGAACGUGACGAUUGUGGAUUGGACUACCUGCUCGAGACUACCAGUGCGGAUCCAGAGCGCCGAAUCUUUGAUGCGGUUCAAGAACGACAGAACCUAUCUCUUGGUCGGGAUGGCAGGCAACCUAGGCCGAUCGCUCUGCCGAUGGAUGAUACUGCACGGGGCCAGGCACAUUGUACUCACCAGCCGGAAUCCCGGAAUAGAGCAAAGCUGGCUUGACGAGAUGGCUCAACUGGGCGGAGAUGUGAAGGUGAUGGCCAUGGACGUCACUUACAAAGAGUCAUUGCUGUCAACUCACAAGCUGAUCGUCUCUAAGUUGCCGCCAAUAGCAGGUGUUGCAAAUGCCGCCAUGUUGCUCAGCGAUACCUUGCUUUCCAACAUGACUUUCAAGGAGAUGAAGACUGUCAUCUCGCCAAAGGUAGACGGGAGCCGCUUUCUCGACGAGCUCUUCCCCCACGAUAAUCUGGACUUCUUCAUCCUCUUCGGGUCCGCCGUAGACGUGAUGGGCAACUCGGGCCAGUCCGCCUAUUGCGCAGCCAACAUGUUCAUGAACAGCCUCGUAUCAUCACGCCGCAAGCGGGGUCUCGCCGGCUCUCUCAUCGGUCUCGGCGAAGUUAAGGGGGUGGGCUACGCUGCCCGCAUGAACCGGGAACUGAACGAUAUCAUCGGCGCCACCCUGCCGCUUUCGGAGAAGGAGGUCCAUCAUAUGUUCGCGGAGGGAGUCCUUGCCGGUCGGCCAGGUAGCGGCCGCAACCCCGUCUUGUACGCUGGAAUGGACUCGAAAGACCCGCGAACGGAUCCUGAUAUUCUCUGGUAUCCUCACCCGAAGUUCUGGCACUACAUAGAAAGUGGCGAUGGAGCGACGUCAACGGAAGCCAAAGCCGCGACGGUGACUUUGAAAUCUCAGCUUGCUGUUGCGACGGAUAUGGACGAAGUGGUGAACAUCGUGACAGAGGCCUUCUCCCAGAAGCUCAGACACAAACUACAGAUCUCGUCGGAAGCAGCCGUCCCUUCCGAAUCCGUUCUCCUGGAACUCGGCAUCGACUCCCUCGUCGCCGUCGACCUCCGCGCCUGGUUCGUGACCGAGCUCGGGGUCGACAUGCCGAUCCUCAAGAUCCUCGGAGGCGCGUCGAUCACCGAUCUCGCCACAGAUGCCGUUGCCCGCCUGCCAGCCACCCUCCUCCCCGCUGUGCCGAGCACCGUCUUGAAAGCCGAGGGAGAGACCACCACAACAAGCUCCCAGGCAGUCCUGGUCCCCAACGGUCUCGGUGGUCACGAUCUCCUCCUUGCCCCGGCGGAGGAGAAGCCAAACGCUUCCUCUCCUCCUCCUCCUCCUCCUCCUCCUCUUCUUCCUCCGCGGAAGAAAGGCCACUCCAAGAAAGCAUCCCUGGUCUCCCUCUCCUCGGAAGACGGCUGCUCUUCCGGCCCCGAGCGGGAGAUGUUUUCCAAACCCCACAGCAGCUCCCCAACCGUCUCCGUCGCCUCGUCCGUCACAACAGAAACAGACCACGAGGCUGGCGUCGUACGAGGCCGGAAAUCCGCGCCCAGCUCUUCCUCUGCUGCUGCUGCUGCUGCUGCUACUACUAUCAACCAGAAGACGACGCAAAUACGAUCUGGGCCGAGCAAGCGACCGAUCGCCGACGACGACUGCGACGACAAAGAUGAGAACUGCGGCGGCUCUUCUUCUGCGGCACGGCGUAGCAAACGGCGCAGAAAACAGCCCGAGAGUAAAAUGUAG